AUGGAAAACGGCGAUGACUGGUUUGCCUUGGAUAAGCUGUACCACUUAGUUUUUGGGUUCUGCACUGCAAUCGUCUUCACUCUCUUCGCUAACAGAACCCGUUAUGCUUUUAUCCGGACCCGUUCUAUCUGGGUUGGAUCCAUACUGUCACUUCUCGCCGGCGCCGCCAAGGAAACUGCGGACGAGAUGGGCUACUUCAAAUCCGCCGGCGCAUCGGUCAAAGAUGCAGUUUUUGACCUCCUUGGUACUCUAAUGGCAGCUUUAGCUCUUUCUAUUUUUAGAUCGUACAACAUGAUCCAGGUCGGAGGCGGACAUGAAUACGCCGGUCAAAUCAAGAAUGCCGUGGAGAUGGUUUAA